GGUAUAAUUCAUUAUGAGCGAGACAAAAAAGAGAUAGAGUUUUUACUGUUCCAAGAAGUCCUCAGUUAUAUGUCUAAAGUGGACAGAGUACUAAGUUUUCCUGGAGGAUCACUUCUUUUGGCAGGACGGAGUGGUGUAGGUCGUCGAACAGUUACCUCUUUAGUUAGUCAUAUGCAUGGAGCUGUCCUGAUUACUCCCAAAAUUUCCAGAGGCUAUGAGAUGAAGCAGUUCAAAAAUGAUCUUAAAUACGUGGUGGAGCUUGCGGGCAUUGAAGCACAGCAGGUGGUAUUGCUGCUGGAAGACUAUCAGUUUGUUCAUUCCACGUUCCUUGAGAUGGUCAACAGUUUACUGUCUUCAGGAGAAGUUCCUGGGCUAUACAAAAUAGAAGAAUUAGAACCAUUACUAUCUCCUCUGAAGGAUCAAGCUUCAGAAGAUGGUUUUACAGGACCAAUUUUCAACUAUUUCACAUACCGGAUCCAACAAAAUCUCCAUGUUGUCUUGAUCAUGGAUUCUACCAAUUUAAAUUUCACAAUAAACUGUGAAAGUAAUCCAGCACUGUACAAGAAAUGUCAGGUUUUGUGGAUGGAAGCCUGGUCAGAAAACAGUAUGAAAAAGAUACCUGAAAUGCUUCUGUAUGAAUCAGAUGAACAGGAAAAGACUGGAAAAGCACAUAAGGAACUUACGAAAAAACGUGCAGGUGAUUCUGAUUUUCUGAAGUCAUUUCUGGCAAUCCACAAUUCAUGUAAAAUGCAUGGAGCAACGCCCAGCAGGUAUAUGACAUUCCUUCGUAUAUACAGUACCAUCAAUAACAGUAAAAGAAGAGAGCUAAUGAAAAGGCAGAACCACCUGCAGGCAGGUGUUUCAAAGCUGAAUGAAGCUAAGGCCCUGGUGGAUGAACUGAACAGGAAAGCUGAAGAACAAAGUAUUUUACUCAAAACAAAGCAAGAUGAGGCUGAUGCUGCCCUUCAAGAAAUUACAGUAUCUAUGCAGAAUGCUAGUGAGCAAAAAACAGAAAUGGAAAAGAUAAAACACCGAAUAGCAGAAGAGGCUGCAGAAAUAGCAGAAAGAAAAAGAAAAAUUGAGGAUGAACUAAAAGAGGUUCAGCCACUGGUAAAUGAAGCUAAGUUAGCAGUUGGAAAUAUAAAGCCAGAGUCUUUGUCCGAAAUCCGGUCGCUGCGGAUGCCCCCUGACAUAAUCAGAGAUAUACUAGAAGGAGUUUUACGGCUGAUGGGGAUUUUUGAUACAUCAUGGGUGAGCAUGAAGAGUUUUUUGGCCAAAAGAGGUGUGAGGGAGGACAUAGCUACCUUUGAUGCCCGUAAUAUUCCAAAAGAAAUACGAGAGAGUGUUGAAGAACUUCUUUCUAAAAACAGAACAUCUUUUGAUCCAAAGAAUGCUAAGCGAGCCAGUGCUGCAGCCGCUCCAUUAGCAGCUUGGGUGAAUGCCAACGUCCAGUACUCCCAUGUCCUAGAACGAAUUCAGCCUUUGGAAAAAGAAAAGGCUGGCUUGGAAGUUAAUCUCAAGAAAACUGAAGGCAGAAAACAGAAGUUAGAAGAUCUCCUGAACUCUGUUGGUCAAAAAGUAUCAGAACUGAAAGAUAAGUUCCAGAGUAGAACAACAGAAGCAGCAAAACUUGAAGCUGAACUAAGUAAAGCUCAGCAAACGCUGAAAGCUGCAGAGGUGUCAGAGAUAACGGAUGAACUGGCUACAUUGCCUAAAAGAGCUCAGUUAGCAGCUGCAUUUAUUACCUACCUUUCUGCUGCUCCUGAGGAUCAGAGGAAAACCAGCUUGGACGAAUGGACCAAAUCUUCAGGCCUUGAAAAGUUCAAUUUACGGCGGUUCCUGUGUACAGAAAGUGAGGAAUUAGUCUGGAAAAGUGAGGGUUUGCCUUCAGAUGACCUUUCAAUAGAAAAUGCUCUUGUCAUCUUGCAGAGUAAGGUUUGCCCAUUUUUGAUAGACCCUUCUUUCCGGGCUACUGAAUGGUUGAAGACACAUUUGAAGGAAUCACGUCUGGAAGUUAUUAACCAACAGGACACCAACUUCCUAACGGCUCUUGAGCUGGCAGUGAGAUUUGGGAAAACACUUAUUAUACAGGAAAUGGAUGGAGUGGAGCCUGUACUUUACCCGUUGCUAAGGAAAGAUCUUGUUGCUCAAGGGCCCCGUUAUGCUAUACAAAUAGGUGAAAAAAUGAUAGAUUAUAAUGAAGAGUUCCGUCUUUUUCUAUCAACAAGGAACCCAAAUCCCUUCAUUCCACCUGAUGCUUCUUCUAUUGUUACAGAAGUAAACUUUACCACAACAGGAAGUGGUUUAAGAGGGCAGCUUUUAGCUUUAACAAUUCAACAUUUAAAGCCUGAUUUAGAAGAGCAGAAGACAAAACUGUUACAACAGGAAGAAGAUAAGAAGAUACAGUUAGCUAAGCUUGAGGAAUCUCUGUUGGAGACACUUGCCACAUCUCAAGGCAACAUACUAGAAAAUAAGGAUCUGAUUGAAUCUUUGAAUCAGACUAAAGCAAGUAGUGCGCUCAUCCAGGAAUCACUUGCUGAAUCUCAUAGACUUCAGAGUUUCCUUGAUAAGGAGAGGGAUGCCUAUCUCCCUUUAGCUGAGAGUGCCAGCAAGAUGUACUUUAUUAUGUCUGACUUGUCCAAAAUUAAUAACAUGUAUCGCUUUAGUUUGGCGGCUUUCCUGCGCCUUUUCCAAAGGGCUCUGCAAAGUGAGCAGGAUUCAGCUAAUACUGAGGAAAGAAUCAACUCUCUUAUUAGCUCAUUGAAGCAUACAGUGUAUGAAUAUGUUUGUCGUUGUUUGUUUAAGGCUGAUCAGCUAAUGUUUGCUCUACAUUUUGUACGAGGAAUGCACCCUGAACUUUUUCAAGAGAAUGAAUGGGAAACUUUUACAGGUGUGAUCACUGGAGAUACAGUAAGAAAAUCAGAUUCACAAAGAAGUGUUCGUGACCAGAUUCCCUCUUGGAUAGAACAGGAUCGAGCCUGGGCAGUAGCAUCUUUAAAGAUUUCUCUCCCAGGUCUCUAUCAGACACUUUGCUUUGAAGAUGAAAGUCUGUGGCACUCUUUUUCUCAGAGCUCUGUGUGUGAACAAAACUUUCCAUCUACUAUUGUAAAAAGAAUUUCCUUAUUUCAGCAGGUACUAGUUGUCCAGGCUGUCCGACCAGACAGACUGCAGAGUGCCAUGGCUCUUUUUGCAUGUAAGACCUUAGGAAUAAAAGAAUUAUCUCCAUUGCCUCUGAAUUUGAAACGUCUUUACAAAGAGACUCUGGAAAUUGAACCCAUCUUGAUAAUUAUUUCUCCUGGUGCUGAUCCUUCUCAAGAGCUCCAAGAACUUGCCAGUGUUGAAAGAAACACCGAGUGCUACCAUCAGAUUGCAAUGGGCCAAGGCCAAGCUGACCUGGCCAUUCAGACUUUAAAAGAAUGUGCACGCGCUGGAGAGUGGCUGUGUUUGAAGAACCUGCACCUGGUUACAUCUUGGCUUCCCGUGCUGGAAAAGCCUCAACCGAACUUUCGCCUUUGGCUUACUACUGAAGUUCAUCCAAAAUUUACUCCUAUUUUGCUUCAAUCAAGUCUGAAAAUAACUUACGAAGCACCUCCGGGCCUCAAAAAGAAUCUCUUGCGAACUUACGAGUCUUGGACACCAGAGCAAAUUAAUAAAAAGGGAAAUUUGUCUCGAGCACAUUCUCUUUUUUGUUUAGCAUGGUUUCAUGCUGUAUGCCAAGAAAGAAGAAAUUAUAUUCCUCAGGGCUGGACCAAAUUUUAUGAAUUUUCUCUAUCUGACCUCCGUGCUGGUUUUGACAUUAUUGAUAGUCUCUUUGAGGGUUCCAAAGAUUUUCAGUGGGAAUUUGUUCAUGGCUUGUUUGAAAAUGCAAUUUAUGGAGGCCGUGUAGAUAAUUACUUCGAUAUGAGGGUUCUUCGGUCCUACUUGGAGCAGCUUUUCAAUUCACGAGUCAUUGGCAAUUUAAAUGCUAGAGGCAAGAAGAUGACUAGUUUCCCAUAUUCAAUCUCUUUACCAAAUUCCUGCAGUAUUUUGGAUUAUCGUAAUAUUAUUGAAAGCCUUCCAGAAGAUGAUAAACCUGACUUUUUUGGCCUGCCUGCUAAUAUUGCCCGUUCAUCACAACGUAUGAUCAGUUCCCAG